AUGUACAAAGCUUUGAUAUGUAUAUUGCUUGUGAUAAUUGGAGCUACGUAUGCUUCAUAUCCAAUCGCUAAACAACCAAAAAAACUUCAACGUCUUCCUUCAAAUUAUGGAGAAACAAAAGUUGGCAUUGAUUUGUGUCCAGAAUGUAUUGAAGAAGCUGUCGAAAUAAUUAAUGUUAUACUUAAUAUUAUUCUUGAUGAAGGAAUUAUCGAAACCUGCGGUGAAUUAUGUGGACUUCUUGCUAAUAAAACUGGUUCGAAAAUUAUUGGCGAUGUUUGUGAUGUUGCAUGUGAAGCAUUUGGUCUUGAUGAAUUUGUUAAGGCACUUAUCAAAGCUGAUCUUGAUCCAAUUUGGUAUUGUGAAAUGGCUGAUCUUUGUCCAAUUAAUGAUCAUGGUGAUGCUAAAUUUACCAAUUUUCAAAUUACACCUAAAACUGCACCUGAAGGUUCAACAUUUGUAUUUGAUUGUUCUUUUACUAGUGUCAAUGGUACUGGAACAGGUGUAAUUAAUAUCGUAAUGAUUGAUCCUAAAAAUCGAACUGCAGCUAAUCUUUAUUGGUUUGAAGCAAGAAAACCUGGUACAUAUCCAGAAAAAAUUGGUUUACAAACUCUAUUUGAACUUGAUUGUGAUCCUACACAAGAACUUUGUGAUGGUUGGGCAAUUGGUACUUAUAAUGUUACUGCACAAGUAUGCAAUGGAGAAUGUGGUUCACAUCAUCCACACUCAUCGACUUAUGAUACAGCUACAGGCUCAUUUGAAAUUACAAAGAAGAAAAAUAGUUUUUUAAAGAAUAUUACUUUUUUGUGA